AUGGGCUUGUCUUCAUCCACUCCUGCUGUGGCACUUCAGACCACAAACGCUUCCGCUCCCCAGGCUGCAUCCCCGCCUUCAGGAUGUCCGAUGCACGAAGGGAAAAUGAAAGGUUGUCCGGUGAGUGAAAAGCCAUCUGACGCAGCCUGCGAGAGCAAAACCAGCUCUGGGCCUGCCCACCAAGACCGCGCCUACGAGUACGUGGAGUGCCCUGUUACAGGCGCUGCUGUGGAAAGGCAGAAGCUGGAUCCUUCUAAUCUGAUGCCGCCGCCUAACCAGACUCCGGCCCCCGACCAGCCCUUUGCGCUCUCCACUGUGCGGGAGGAGUCCUCCAUCCCGAGAGCAGAUUCGGAGAAGAAGUGGGUCUACCCCUCCGAGCAGAUGUUCUGGAACGCGAUGCUCAAGAAAGGGUGGAAAUGGAAGGAGGACGACAUCACCCAGAAGGACAUGUACAACAUCAUCAGGAUUCACAACCAGAACAACGAGCAGGCGUGGAAGGAGAUUUUGAAGUGGGAAGCCCUCCAUGCUGCGGAGUGUCCCUGUGGUCCCUCACUGGUCCGCUUCGGAGGGAAAGCCAAAGAGUACUCGCCACGCGCAAGAAUCCGCUCCUGGAUGGGGUAUGAGUUGCCUUUCGACAGGCAUGACUGGAUCAUCAACCGCUGUGGGACGGAAGUCAGAUACAUCAUCGACUACUACGACGGCGGCGAGGUCAACCAGGAGUACCAGUUCACCAUCCUGGACGUGCGGCCCGCCUUCGACUCACUGUCGGCAGUGUGGGACAGGAUGAAGGUGGCCUGGUGGCGCUGGACCUCAUAG